AUGAAUACCUCAUCACUACUAAGAAGGCUGUUUUCACCCACUCAAGCAACAGAAUGUUUGCAACAACGAUCUUAUGCCAUCAUGAGUCGAGCGAAACAUCGAGCCGGCCUCCCUGUUGAAUCACCUGUGAAGGCAGCAAAGAGUGCGUUGUCUAAAAAGAAAGCAGCUCCCAUUACCAAAGCCAACAACAACAACAACAACAACAACAAUAGCGGCUCGAAAUGGCGUACCACCGGCUACUUCAAUAAGCAACAUGAACACGCAGACGAGGAGACCACUCGAGCCUUAUUGAAAAGUCGUUUAGAGAACAUGAAUUUCAGAAAACCCGCUGGCAUGAAUGAACGAUUGAUCAAGGUACAACAACAACGAGAUAUUGCUCAACCUGAACAUCCACAUUUGCUCAAAGUAGCGGUUAUUGGCGCUGCCAAUGCAGGGAAAUCGACACUGAUCAAUAAGAUUGUAGGAGAAGAGGUAUCAGGUGUAUCGCCUAAAGCACAUACCACAAGGGAGAGAACUUUGGCUGUUUAUUCUCAUAGAGAUUAUCAAAUUGUGUUCCUGGAUACACCAGGCGUUAUUCCAGACCAUAAUCAUGCGAAAAUGAAUAGAACAUUGGCAACUUCUUCCUGGAGAUCUUUGGAUGAGGCGGACCAUGUGGUGGUGGUAGUGGAUGCUGGAAGAUCAAUUCAGCCUCAAGCACGAGUCACUGAAGAAUUCAUCCUAAACAGACUUCACGACAUGAAUAUCCCAGCUACUUUGAUUUUUAAUAAGAUGGAUCUGCUCUAUGAGGAUCGUCAUUUGUUGCAGGAGGUGGCAGAGAGAUACAAUCAAGGAUAUCCGCAUUUCAAAAAGACAUUGUACAUAUCAGCAGUUUACGAGGAAGGAUUAGAUAAGGUCAAGAAUGUAUUAUACGAGGAAUCGCCUCAAAAACCAUGGAUUUACCCAGCAGACCAAAAGACGGAAAUGCCAGAUUUGAAACGAGUCGAGGAAAUGAUUCGAAUCCAGUUUUUCAAGCGAUUGCAUCAGUACAUUCCUUACAUGCUGAAGCAAGAGAACGUAGGCUGGACAGAGAUGAAAGACGGUACUUUACGCAUCGAUCAGAAUGUCUACGUUGAAAGGGACAGCCAGCAAAAGAUCGUGAUUGGAUACCAAGGCCGAAUUAUCAACAGCGUUGUAGAAGAAGCCAGAACACAAAUCAGUCAAGCAUUGAAACGACCUGUCAAGUUGUUCAUCCAAGUCAAGACAAGAAAACCCACACAACCAUAG